AAAGAAUUGGUGGAGCUUCACUUGAAACUGAUGAGAAAGAUUGGGAAGUCUGUCACAGCAGACAGAUGGGAAAAAUACUUGAUCAAGCAAACUGAGAAAACCCAACUCUGACUCGUGAUAUUAUGUACCCCACUGGAGCCACUUACCAGUUGUGUGGUAAGCAGAAAGCAGGGCGAUAAAACAAGUUUGAGGGAAUAGUUUGGAAAACCUUCUUCAAAGCAGUUUGGAAAUUCUUCUUCAGGGAAGCAGUAAGGAAACCCUCCCUCACACCCCUGUUAAGACCAAAUAUGUCAAGAAUUCAACAGCACUUGGGCUUGGGAGAUGGAAAAAAAAGGAUACCUAGAAAUGAGUGUUGAAUGCAAACUGGGGAUUCUGAAGUAUCUCUGUGAAUGUCAAUUUGAUGACAAUCUAAAGUUUAAGAAUAUCAUUAACGAGGAGGAUGCUGAUGCCAUGCGUCUGCAGCCCAUUGGUCGGGACAAAGACGGCCUCAUGUAUUGGUAUCAACUGGAUCAAGAGCAUAAUGUCAGGAUGUACAUAGAAGAACAGGAUGACCAGGAUGGAUCCACAUGGAAGUGCAUUGUUAGAAACCGCAAUGAGCUUGCCGAGACCCUAGAGCUCUUGAAAGCACAAAUUGAUCCUGCUCUGUUGAAAAACAACAAUUCUCAGCAGGAGAAUUCAUCACGUGAAAGUCCAAGCAUAGAAGAUGAAGACACCAAAAAGGGUGAGGAAGACACCAAAAAGGGUGAGGAAGACACCAAAAAGGGUGAGGAAGACACCAAAAAGGGUGAAGAAGACACCAAAAAGGGUGAAGAAGAAGCUGCACAAGAAAAUCAAUUGAAAAUCAAAGAAGAAAAAGAGGAGGUAGAGGAACAGUCAGUGGAAUCAGAAAGCCUUCCUCCUCCUGUGGUCAAAGAAGACGAAAAUGCACUAAAAAUUGAGAAAGUGGAAGAAAAAGAAAUUAUAAAAUUGCCAGUGAUAGUGAAAUUAGAGAAACCUUCAGAACACAAUGAAGAAAAGCAAACUGUCAAGGAAGAAAGUGACUCCUUUAAGGAAAAUGUCAAGCCUGUUAAAGUAGAGGUGAAGGAAAACAAAACGGAACCCAAAGACCUAAAAGAAGUAAAAAGCUGUAUGGACAAAAUAGCAGUUCAUGAGCCAGAGAGGCUAGAAUUUUGUGUUAAUGUCAAAACUCCACAAGAAAUUGUGGAGAAAUCUGUGGAAGAAAGUGAAAAACUUAAAAAUGACCAGCAGGCAAAAAUACCACUUAAAAAGCGAGAGAUCAAACUGACAGAUGACUAUGAUAGUCCAAUAAAAGGGCCCAUGUGUAAAUGUGUUACUCCAACAAAGGAUGUCUUGAAGGAAGAAGGGAAACCAGAAGAAGAAGCUUUUAAGAGAGUCCCUACCAUUACUGCUCUAUGCCCUGAUGGGAAAGUUCUAGUAAAUGGAGAGGUUAGCUGUGAAAAAGUAACCCCGAGCGUCAUACAAAAUAGUAAGUCAGAACACUCUGCUAGUGCUAUGGAAGACAGCCCCUCAUUAAAAGAGAAAAAUGGAAAAAGCGGGGAAAAAGUAUCAGACUCUCUAAAUUCUGUUAGUAAAAUUAUAAAAACAUGUGAGAUUGAGAAAAAUGCAGUAACUGUCCUGAAAGAGAUCGGCACUGUGGUCUCUGAGGUUUCUAAUCAGAAAGUGCCUUCAAAGGAGGAAUCUAGUCCUGUGGAAAAAGAGUCCCUUGACAGCACAACUACUGAGACAGUAGCAGAAGAGUCUUCAAAACCUGAAGACUGUGCCAAAACAACUGCAGAGAAACAAGCCACUGAUCUCAAAAACGACAGCCUGCCACCACCCAAAGAAUGUUCAGAGAAGCUAGAGAUGUCCCCAAAUUCAUCUGCUCCUGCAGAACUGCCUAAGCUUGCACUGGCUGAAGAAGAGACUUUGAAAAGUAAAGAUGAGCCUGAGGAGAAAAACGACUUUCCAGAAGCUGCUGAGAUACCUCCUGCAUCCACUUCACCUGUUACAGUAGAGAAACCUGUUUCAGAAAAGGAGGACUCUGAUAGUAAAAUGGCUCUACCUGAGGAGAGCAAAGUAGAAGAAAAAUCCAGCCCUGAAAAACAAGAGGAAGAACCAGAAGCUGCCAAAACAGAGCCAGAUAGAUUAGAUGAUGCCCAUGCAUCAAAUCUAGAGGACUCCUCAGAGAGUAAAAAGGAAUCUCCAGUACCUAAAAGCAAAUUUAAAUAUAAGCUAGUUUCUGAAGAAGAAACCUGUGCAACAGAGAAUAAAGAAAUAACUUCUGAAAGACAAAAAGAAGGAAUUAAAUUAACAAUCAGGAUCUCUAGUCGGAAGAGAAAGACAGAAACACCACCAGAAGAGGUCAGCAUUGGCCGCACAUUAAGGCGAUCGCCAAGAAUAUCCAAGCCUACUCCGAAAGUUGUGGAGACUCGGGAUCAGAAGCCUGAGAAGAAGCGACCUGAAGAGGAAGAGGAGAAACCUGCAGCAGCACAAAAACCAGAACGAAAAGAAGAUGCAAAAAAGCAGGAGAAGGAGACAAAUUCUAAAGUUAACAAGAGAAGCAAAGUUCGGUGGACGGGUACACGGACACGUGGCAGGUGGAAAUACUCAAGUAAUGAAGAGACUGAGGACUCUGAGAGUGAAAAAAACUCUGAGGAGGAGGAAGAAGAGGAGGAAGAGGAAGAAGAAGAAGCUCCACCUGCUGAUGAUGAUGAGCCCUGCAAGAAGUGUGGCCUUCCCAAUCAUCCUGAGCUGAUUUUGUUGUGUGACUCGUGUGACAGCGGCUACCACACAGCCUGCCUUCGCCCUCCGCUGAUGAUCAUCCCCGAUGGAGAGUGGUUCUGCCCGCCUUGCCAGCAUAAAUUACUCUGUGAGAAAUUAGAGGAACAAUUACAAGAUCUGGAUGUUGUCUUAAAAAAGAAGGAGCGUGCAGAACGCAGAAAAGAGCGAUUGGUGUACGUGGGUAUCAGUAUUGAGAACAUCAUUCCACCUCAGGAGCCGGAAAUACCUGAAGGUCAGGAAGAAAAGAAGAAAGAUUCCAAAAAGCCCAAAUCGAAACUUGAAAGGAGAUCUACUAGAACCCGAAAAUGCAUAAGCUACAGGUUUGAUGAAUUUGAUGAGGCAAUUGAUGAGGCAAUUGAAGAUGAUAUCAAGGAGGCUGAUGGAGGAGGCAUUGGCAGAGGCAAAGACAUGUCGAAUAUCACAGGUCACCGUGGAAAAGACAUUUCUACAAUCCUAGAGGAGGAAAGGAAGGAAAACAAGCGACCACAAAGAGCUGCUGCAGCACGACGCAAGAAACGACGGCGACUAAAUGACUUGGAUAGUGACAGUAACAUGGAUGAAGAAGAGAGUGAGGAUGAAUUCAAGAUCAGUGAUGGAUCUCAGGAUGAGUUUGUAAUAUCAGAGGAAAAUCUGGAUGAAAGUGAAGAUGAACCACCAUCAAAUGAGGACAGUGACUCCGAGUUCUGUGCCCGUAUCUCCAGGCGACACCUCUCCAGGCCCAUGAGGCAAAGCCGGCGGUUACGAAGGAAAACAGUCAAGAAAAAAUACUCUGAAGAUGAUGAAGACGAAGAGUCUGAGGAAAAUUCAAGCAGAGAGUCUGAGAGUGGUGAUUACACAGAUUACAGUGAUGAUGAUUACCUGGAAACUAGGAGGAGAAGAUCAAGACGGAAUCAGAAGAGACAAGUUAAUUAUAAGGAAGAUUCAGAAAGUGAAGGCUCACAGAAAAGUGUCCGAUAUGGGAAGGAGUUGAGAAGAGUUCAUAAACGCAGGCUCUCUACUUCAGAUAGUGAAGAGAGCUACACAUCUAAGAACUCUGAAGAUGAUGAAUCCACAAAGGAGUCAAAGCGACUGAUUCGAAAACGUCGGCGAAGUACAGAUGACUAUUCCGAGGAAGAAGGAGAGGAUGAGGAGGAAGAAGGGAAGCCUGUCCGCAAACGCCUGAAUCGAAUUGAGACCGACGAGGAAGACGCGUGUGAAAAUGCGAACAACGAUGCAGAAACCCCCGCUCCUGCAGAUAAGCUGCCAGCAGCACAAGCCCCCCAAGACAACCCCAAGAAGCACUGCUACCGGAUAGAGAGUGAUGAUGAAGAUGACUUUGAUAAUGUAGGGAAAGUAGAAAGCCCUUUGGACUACAGCCUGGUGGACUUGCCUUCCACCAAUGGACAGAGCCCAGGGAAAACCAUUGAGAACUUGAUUGGCAAGCCAAGCGAGAAGACCCAGGCCCCCAAGGACAGCACAGCCAGCGCCAGCCUGGCGCCCAAUGGGACAGGGAGUGGGCAGGAAGCGGUAGGGCCAGAGGAAGAUGAAGAUGAACUUUUGAGAGUGACUGACCUUGUUGAUUACGUCUGUAACAGUGAACAGUUAUAAGACUUCCAUUUUUGUGCUAAUUUAUUCCACGGUAGCUCAUACCAGCGGGCCAGUUAUUAAAAGCUGUUUUAUUUUUCCUAGAAAUUUCUCCACUACAGUAUCACUUUCUAGAAGCAAGAAUUUCACCAGUCCUGCAGUCUUUCUGUGAAGUGACCAGUUUUGAACUUUGAAGAUGAAUUGCUGUAAAUUCCCUCUCUUACCCCCCUUCUCCUUCCAAGUCCAUGGUCCUGGGUAAUUUCACUCACAAAAACCUUAUAACAACAAGAGAUUUGUAUAUUUUUGACUUUAUAUUUCCUGAGUGCAUACAAAUUUGUGGAAAUGGGUGGCCUAAGAAAGCAUUCCAAAUCAGUCAGGGCCCAAACCGGAACUGGGGUGGGUUUGGCUCAAGGGGUGGGGGGGAUGGGAGGGGGGUGGUGCAGAAGCACUUGUGCUUUAGCUUUUUCAUAUGAGAUAUAUAUUAUAUUUAAAUGUUCACAACUUAGAUUACAACUUAACAGACAGUUAAAAGCAAAAUUAAUGUCUGUACUGUCGCAUUUUGUGAGUUGUAGGUUAACAUACCAUAGCUCAUUUUAGUAAUCACCUUCAUGGAAGCAGUUUGAUUUUAAUACUGGAGGCAAACAGAAUUAUUAGAGGCCAAGAAGGUACCAUAAACAAGAACUCUGCUAUUCAUUAUGACUUGCAGACUUUCCUAAUAAACAUCCUUUAAAGUGUUUGUACAGUGAAGUGUACUGUAAUGAAGUUUUUGACAGUCAAAACAUUCUAGCCAUGAAUUUCUAAAGUGAUCUCAUGCACAGUUCAUCAGAUGGCCUUCAAUGCACAGUGUCUAGUGGGAGGACAUAUUGAUGUCAAAUAAGUCUGUAAGCUGGAUGUCAAGUAAGUCUGUAAGCACUGCGAACUUUUACAGACAAAAGAACCCUGCGGUCACUGCCCGGCCACGUGAAUUUCAUCAGCAGUCGGAGUACUCUGAACAAAAUGUGUUUGUACAAACAGCAUUGACCACAGAAUGACAGUGCAUAAGAGGAUGGAGGGAUUUUCAAAUAAAUCAUGACUGGUCCAUUCAUGCCCUUAAUAUCUACUUCAAAUUGAAGUAAACAAAUGGAACAGUUUUCCUUUUGGAGGUUUCCUGUUUGGGGUUUGUGUGUGUUUUUGUUUUGGUUUUACCUUAUCUGCCUGGAUGUAUCAGCAGGUUUUGAAUGUAGUUGUUGGCCUUUGGCCAUUAGAAUUUUCUUAAAAAUACAGUUUAAUAACUGUCAUGUGACCAACUGAUUUCGAGAAGGCAGAGUUUCUGAGAGAAAACGCUUGACUCCAAGACAUCUCAACUUUUGAGCGGGAAUGAAGUGAUAUGAAGCUUUUAUUCAAGGGGGGAAAAAAAGACAAUGGAGGAAUAAAAACCCCUCCAAAUCAACAUGGGGCACAUCAAAAGCAUUCUGUUUUCUCUUUACUCUGAUUAAGAUGCAGGCUAUAGCAUUUGUAUAUGUAGGACACAGACAGUUCAAACAGAUCUGCCAAACAUUGAAAUCCUAAAAGGUCACAUCUAUUAAUCCUUUUGCUCUGAGAUUUGGAUUUUUGACUGGUGUUUAUGUCCAUUGCCGGCAAUGGAUGCACCAAAACUGCUGCUGCCACUGAGGAGUGAGUUCUCCUUUCUUGCCCCACCUGAUUCCCUUCCAUUACAUUGUAUUUACUGGUCUGUUAUUAAGCACUUCUGUUUUCUUGCAAUAAAACCAGCAUUAGGCCUUUACUAAAUACCUCUCUAGAAAACCUAGAUCCAAAAUUUACUUACCUUCUGGCCUUUUAAAGUCUUGGUUUUGUUUCCCCACCUCUUCUUCCACAAGGUCAGUCAGAACCACUCCGUGACUCUUACUUGUUUGGGUUCCAGCAGUGCACCUAUCAUGCUACAAAACUAGGAUCAGAAAGAUGCAAAAAGAUGGAACUUGCUCAUUAGCUGAUGUGCUAAGCAAGCUUGUGAUUAAAAACAAAAAGAAAUCGCUCUCUACAUGGCAGUUUGAUUUCAUCAAAGAUUAAAUGUUUUCCUACCUUAUUGAUGUUAACAAUUAACAGUAAAAUGAUUAAAAGGGGGUAGUGAAGAGCCACAGAAGCUUAAAACGAGUUCUUGAAAGCAUAUGUAGCAUUAUAAGCUACUCUAGUGCUUUUCUUCGCCUAGGUGAUGUGUAAAUGUAGUGCUUCUAAAUUCUAAUAUACUUGUGUGUAAGAAGAAGAACAUAAGGCUUCCAUGUGUCCAUGGUAGUAGCUGCUGAGCAUUUUUAAUACUUGCAGUGCAAACUGAUUCACAUCCAUCAACUCUGUGUAAUCGAUUCCUCAUUUGUUUUGGCAGUGCCAUAUUUUCUUUUGCUGUCUGAUGGAACCUUUUAGUAUCUGAUCAAACAUUUUUGCUUGUAGAGUCAACUCCAAAAGCUAAAUACUUAGUGGGGAUGUACUUGUGUAUGUAAGAAAUUAAAAAAGUUGCAAUUCUGGAUAUACUAAUCAUGAAAAAAAUUGAGUACUGAGUUAGAGCAAUUUAAAAGCAGGAAAGACUGGGAAGCAAAAUAGGAGCAUUGAAGCUUGCAACAGAAGUGUCAUGUUUCAAAAAUGGCCAGUUGUUACCAAAUUGUACUUUCUAUAGGUCUCUUCUUAAAAGCAACUUUUCUGUCUUCUAAGAAGUCACCCUUGGUAUCUGAUAUGGCUUCAUCCCACAGGAUCAAGAGUUCCUCCUUUGAUCAGUGGGAAUGGUGUGCAAGGAAAAACUGAAAAAAAUUCUCUGAAAAGUUUUACCAUUUUAAAACUUGGUGUUAAUGUCAUUUUUAAGGCUUUCUGCUCGGUGGAAAACAUAUCAUCUCCUAUUUGGGAAGAUAACAUUUUUUGACAAGAGACCAGCUAUCACACAGGAUUCAUGCUGUUACAAUAUGUCUAUGUAAUUCCAGAGUGAAAAUGUCUUCCUGGUGUCUUUACAAUCUUCUGCCCUUCUGUGUUCCAUGUGAGAUCAGAAGUUAGGUGUCUUUGAAUAGUGAUCUUCAGGUGUAGCUUUGGGCUUAAAUUUCAAACCAUAUGGGAAAUGGGAAACAGACUUGGGAUUGAUUUUAAUGAGAACAAGCUACUGGCUGAGCAUGCAGAGCAUUUAUUCAGCAAACUUGUUUAUUCCACAAUGAUUGCUACUAAAAGCUUUGUCUUUUUUUUACCUGCAAGCUCUUCUGUAUAUAUCUGAUUGGGAAGAAAGCUGAUCUCUGUAUGUAGUCUAAGUAGCACUGCUGGGAAGAAGAAUAUAUAAAUCAAGUGGAGGAGUGGAUGUUCUUUGUGCCACCAAGAUAGAUGCUGGCUAUUUGCUUCCCUGUGUGGGCCUUCUGUGACUCAGCGACAAAAAACACACAAGCAGGGCCACUCUGCAGUAAUGAAUGGGGUGUGUUAAUCUAAGCAGAAAGGGGAUAGAAUUAACUGGGUUGGUUUCACCACAGUCUCUGUCUUCUGCUUAAGUCUGAUAAACCUGAGCAUAUUCUUGAUAUAAGAUAGAAAAUGACAUCACAUUUAACAACCCGUAGUAAGGUCACUGCUGAACAAUCAACUUUCUGAUACUUUCAUUUUGUACAUGCUGAAUUGCAUUAUAAAAUCACUUCAUCUUCCUGAUAAUUUUUUAGAAUGAAAAGAUUGUUCUGGUCUAGCAGCAUUUAGGAGAAACAACAGAUUCUUUUUGCAAAAAAGCUCAUUUUUGAAGCGUCACCUUUAAGAUUUUGUUGUAUUAAGUGUCUCAGUUACUCUCCAUAUUAUGGGAGGUAAUUGCUUAGUUGGACUUUUCUGUUCACUUCUGUUUUCUAAUUGCUGUAUCUGAACUCUUGAUGAGAGAUCUUAAAUUGAGAAGCUCGAGGGGCAAAAGAUGUAUGUUCACAAAAGAAAAAUUGUAUGGUAGUGGUACAUUUGCUCUGAUUUCUUUUCACAUCUAUUAUUUGAACUACACUGGUAUCCAGAUGCUACGACUGUUUAAUAAUUUAAUCCUUCAUUGUCAGGGGGUCCAUUUUAUACCUCUGUUUUCAGGUGCUUAGAACAUGGUUUUCAGUUUUCUUCAGUAGGAAGCUCUAGUCUAAACCUUCAAAUAAUGAUUUCAAAUCAUGUGUUUUUACAAACUUCUUUUAUGAAAAGUAAACAAGGAAUUUUUAUGGUAUCUGGUUUUUUUUAAAUUCACUUUGUAUACAAUGAUUUAAAUAAAUCAUGGCAGUAAUGCUUGCCCCAGAA